AUGAGUGCAACUGAACCAACCAACGAAAAGGUCCCCAAGACCGUCGAGGACGACGAUGAGGACGAGGACAUUGACCAGUUGAUUUUGGACUUGCAAUCCAACCACAACCUUGGUGAGGACGAGGAGUCCGACGAAGAGGAUGAGGGAACUUUCAAGGCUGUUCCUGAGGAAUUGUUGCAAACCGACCCAACUACCGGUUUGAACGAUGACGAGAUCGCCAAGAGAAGAAAGAAGUACGGUUUGAACCAGAUGGCUGAGGAGAACGAGAACUUGAUUCUUAAGUUCGUUAUGUUCUUUGUCGGUCCAAUUCAGUUCGUCAUGGAGGCCGCUGCCGUUUUGGCUGCCGGUUUGGAGGACUGGGUCGAUUUUGGUGUCAUUUGUGCUUUGCUUUUGUUGAACGCCGGUGUUGGUUUCAUUCAGGAAUACCAGGCUGGUUCCAUUGUUGAGGAAUUGAAGAAGACCUUGGCUAACUCUGCUAACGUUAUCAGAAACGGUACUCUUAUCGAGAUUGAGGCCAACCAGAUUGUUCCAGGUGACAUCUUGCAGUUGGAGGACGGUGUCGUUAUCCCAGCUGACGGUAGAAUUGUUACCGAGAACUGUUUGUUGCAGGUUGACCAGUCUGCUAUCACUGGUGAAUCUUUGGCUGUUGACAAGAGACACGGUGACUCCACUUACUCUUCUUCCACUGUUAAGACCGGUGAGGCCUUCAUGGUUGUCACUGCUACUGGUGACAACACUUUCACUGGUAGAGCUGCUGCUUUGGUUAACAAGGCUUCCGGUGGUCAGGGUCACUUCACUGAGGUCUUGAACGGUAUCGGAACUGUGUUGCUUGUCUUGGUUAUCGUCACUUUGCUUGUUGUCUGGGUCGCUUGUUUCUACAGAUCCGUCAGAAUUGUUGCUAUCUUGAGACACACCUUGGCUAUCACCAUUAUUGGUGUCCCAGUCGGUUUGCCAGCUGUCGUUACCACCACCAUGGCCGUUGGUGCUGCUUACUUGGCUAAGAAGCAGGCUAUUGUCCAGAAGUUGUCUGCCAUUGAGUCCCUUGCUGGUGUCGAGAUCUUGUGUUCUGACAAGACCGGUACUUUGACCAAGAACAAGUUGUCCUUGCACGAGCCAUACACUGUUGAGGGUGUCGAGCCAGAUGACUUGAUGUUGACUGCUUGUUUGGCUGCUUCCAGAAAGAAGAAGGGUCUUGACGCUAUUGACAAGGCUUUCCUUAAGUCUUUGAUUAACUACCCACGUGCUAAGGCUGCUUUGACCAAGUACAAGGUCUUGGAGUUCCAACCUUUCGACCCAGUUUCCAAGAAGGUUACCGCUAUUGUUGAGUCCCCAGAGGGCGAGAGAAUUGUCUGUGUUAAGGGUGCCCCAUUGUUUGUUUUGAAGACCGUUGAGGAUGACCACCCAAUUCCAGAGGACGUCCACGAGAACUACCAGAACACUGUCGCUGAGUUUGCUUCCAGAGGUUUCAGAUCCCUUGGUGUCGCCAGAAAGAGAGGUGAAGGCCACUGGGAGAUUUUGGGUAUUAUGCCAUGUAUGGACCCUCCAAGAGAUGACACUGCUGCUACUAUUAACGAGGCUAGAAGAUUGGGUUUGAGAGUCAAGAUGUUGACUGGUGAUGCCGUCGGUAUCGCUAAGGAGACCUGUAGACAAUUGGGACUUGGAACUAACAUUUACGACGCUGACAAGUUGGGUCUCUCCGGUGGAGGUGACAUGGCUGGUUCUGAGAUUGCUGACUUUGUUGAGAACGCUGAUGGUUUCGCCGAGGUUUUCCCUCAACACAAGUACAACGCCGUUGAGAUUUUGCAGAACAGAGGUUACUUGGUUGCUAUGACUGGUGAUGGUGUUAACGAUGCCCCAUCUUUGAAGAAGGCCGACACUGGUAUCGCUGUCGAGGGUGCUACCGAUGCUGCUAGAUCUGCUGCUGAUAUUGUUUUCUUGGCUCCUGGUUUGUCUGCUAUUGUUGAUGCUUUGAAGACCUCCAGACAGAUUUUCCACAGAAUGUACGCCUACGUGGUGUACCGUAUCGCUUUGUCUUUGCACUUGGAGAUCUUCUUGGGUCUUUGGAUUGCUAUCUUGAACAAGUCCUUGAACAUUGACUUGGUUGUCUUCAUUGCUAUCUUCGCUGAUGUUGCUACCUUGGCUAUUGCUUACGACAAUGCUCCAUACGACCCAGAGCCAGUUAAGUGGAACCUUCCAAGAUUGUGGGGUAUGUCCAUUAUCUUGGGUGUUAUUUUGGCUGUCGGUACCUGGAUCACCUUGACUACUAUGUUCAUGUCCAAGGGUGGUAUCAUCCAGAACUUCGGUUCCAUUGACGGUGUUUUGUUCUUGCAGAUCUCUUUGACUGAGAACUGGUUGAUUUUCAUCACCAGAGCCAACGGUCCAUUCUGGUCUUCCAUCCCAUCUUGGCAAUUGUCUGGUGCUGUGUUGAUUGUCGACAUCAUCGCCACCUGUUUCACCUUGUUCGGCUGGUGGUCUCAGAACUGGACUGACAUCGUUUCCGUUGUCAGAACCUGGAUCUUCUCCUUCGGUGUCUUCUGUGUCAUGGGUGGUGCUUACUACUUGAUGGCUGGCUCCCAGGCCUUCGACGACUUCUGUAACGGUAAGAAGGCCAAGAAGGACGAGAAGGACUCCAGAUCUGUUGAGGACUUCUUGGUCUCCAUGGCCAGAGUGUCUACUCAGCACGAGAAGUCUUCUUAA